AUGUCCAACGUCCAGUCCCAGAACCGUUUCGCCUACCUCGGCAACGACGACGAUGGUGAGGAGAAGCCCGUCGUCCCCGUCAAGACCAUCGACAAGGCUACCAGCCGCACGACCAAGCGCAACGUCGAGCCCCAGGCGCCCGCCGCCCCUGCACUAGGCUCUGGCGGAAACCGCCGCGGAGGCCCACGUGGAAGCGAGGGUGCCUUCCGUGACCGUGGCGCCGGCAGCGAUCGCAACCACGGGCGAUCUACCGAGGAGGCCCCUAGAGAUGGCCCCCGGAGUGGCUAUGGUGCCCGCGUCCGUGGUGGUCGCGGCUCUCGCCGCCCCCGCGAGUUCGACGAUCGACACCCUUCCAGGGCAGGCGGUCACGGUGGCUCCGACAAACAGGCUGCCCAGUCGUGGGGUGCCACCGAGGGGGAUGCCGAACUGAAGGACGAGCAGGCCGGCGAGGCCAUGGCCCGGUCCGAGCAUAAGGACGCUCUGGCCGAGGAUGGCGCUGCCGAUGAGCCCGCUGAGCCCGAAGACAAGAGCGUCUCGUAUACCGAGUACUUGGCCCAACUGGAGGAGAAGAAGAACGCCCUCGGCUCGGGCUUCAAGGUCCGCGAAGCCAACGAGGGCAGCAAGCUCGACAAGAAGUGGGCCAAUGCCAAGACCCUGGAAAAGGAGGACGAGGAUUUCAUUGCCAGCUCCGGCGGCAAGUCGAAGCGUGAGCGCGAGCGCAAGACGAAACAGACCAUCGACUUCGACCCGCGCUUCGUCGAGCCUGAGCGCACCCGGGGCGGCGGCCGAGGCGGCCGAGGCGGACGCGGUGGACGCGGUGGCGAGCGCGGCGGCGCCGAUCGCGGCCGGGGAGGACCCCCCCCCUUCCGCGGUGGACGCGGCGGCCGUGACAACGCUGCUCCCAUCAACACCAACGACCAGGCUGCCUUCCCAAGCCUCGGCGGCAAAUAA